UGGAGACCCCUGUAACAGCAUCAACACACCUCACCCUCACCUACACUUCCGCAACUGCUGCGAGAUGCCGUGUUUCUCCGGACAGAGCGGAAUUAAGGACACAUUUUCGGCCUGCUGGACCGCGGACACCUGAGACGCUCACGCAGGAGAAGAGGAAGAUGCCAGUGACGGUGUGGUCGAUUUCCAGUGUUACAAAAGGUUUAGAGUGAGAUUUGACUGUGGAAGUGUGGAUUUGACUGGUGAAUCAGCAUUUGUGGAGGAUGGCUGCAACUACGCCCACAUCAGCCCCGCCUCCCAAAAAGAGCAGAGGAAAACAGGAAAUAGAAACUCUACAGGCAGCCAAUGAAGAACUGAGGAGCCGAUUGAGUGACUUGCAAAAUGAACUGCAACAGGAAAGAGGCAAGGUGGGCAAAUUACGGGAACGUUUGCAAGAGUUACGGGCCCAACGAGAGACUGAGCAGCACAAGCACUCGGUCACACUCACUGAACUCCGCGUCAAGCUCCAUGAGGAGAAGCAGCGAGAGGUGGCGGCCACACGAGAGAGCCUGUCUCGGCAACACGAGACCGAGCUGGCCCGGGCGGCACGACUCCGCGAGACAGAACUGUCCCGGCUUCAGGCGCUGGUGUGUAUUUUACGGGACGGAGCCAGCAGCGAGCUACGUAAUGCCCUGAAGGAGGAGGCACGAGAGGAGGCCCGCAGGAGCUACGAGGCAGAGAGACUCAGGCUCACGCAGGAGCUGCAGGAGGCGAAGACGUUGCGGCGGCAGGCAGAGGAGGCGCUGUCCAAUGCUGUGCAGGCCGACAGAGCCAAAGCUGCCGAUCUCAGGGUGGCCCAUCAAGCUCAUCAGGAAGAGAUUCAGAGAAUCAAACGCGAGAGCGAGAGAGAAAUCCGGAGACUGAUGGACGAGUUGAAGAGCAGAGAUCGUGUGGUGCAGUCACUGGAAAAAGAGCUGGGUGUGCAGGCGGGACAGACACAGCGUCUACUGCUGCAGAAGGAGGAAUCAGAGCGGCAUUAUGGGAGUCCGAAGAGAGAGGUGGCGCCAUUCCUCGGGGAAAACACAGACUCUGUCAAUAACCAGGACGCGGAUGAGAGGGAUGUACGGAGGUUUCAGCUGAAGAUCGCUGAGCUGCAGGCAGUCAUCAGGAAACUAGAGGACAGAAACACCCUGCUGUCAGAUGAGAGAAAUGAACUGCUGAAACGAGUGCGAGAAACAGAUGCAGAGAUAAAGCCUCUUAUGGAGAAGAAUAAACGGCUGAAUAAAAAGAAUGAAGAGCUGCUGCAGACUCUACAGCGCAUGGAGGACAAACUGAAGACACUCAGUAGAGAGAACGCAGAACAGUGGAUGUGCUUUCAGGAACGGGACAGGUUGAUAAUCAACAAAAAGAACAGGCGAAAAAACAUCAAGUUGCCCAAGAGGCAUGUUGUGGAGACAUAUUUUGGAUUUGACGAAGAAUCUGUCGAUUCUGAAACGUCAUCUCUGACAUCAUAUAACACCGACCGCACAGAUCACACCCCUGCCACCCCCGAAGAGGAUCUUGAAGAUGGCUUUUCCCGAGAGGAGGCGGAGCUGCGAUUUCGGCAGCUGACGCGAGAGUACCAGGCACUGCAGCGAGCUUACGCACUUCUGCAGGAGACUACAGGGCCUCUGGACCCUGAGAGACACUGCAGGACACGGGAGCAGCUGCAGACGGAGCUGAUUGGCUGUCAGGCACGGAUUGCCGACCUGGAGCGGAGCUUGGCAGAGAAGGGGCAGGACUCAAAGUGGGUGGAGGAAAAGCAAAAUCUUCUCAGGGUGAACCAGGAACUCAGAGAAAAGAUAGUAUCGCUGGAGCAGUGUGAAAUGCGAUUACGCUCUGAAGUUCAAGACACCCUGGAUCAGAAUGAGCUGCUUGAAUUCCGCAUUCUAGAACUGGAAGAGAGGGAACGCCGUUCUCCUGCCUUUAACCUACAAAUCUCUGCCUCUGAAAACAACAGUAUCCUACAGCUACACUGCCAACAAGAGGGUGUCAAGGAUGUCAUCAUUCCUGACCUCAUGAAAAAGCUUGACAUUCUUGGGGAUAAUGGGAACUUGCGAAACGAGGAGCAGGUGACAGUCAUUCAAGCAGGCACUGUGCUGUCUUUAUGUGAAAAGUGGCUGAAGCAGAUCGACAGCACCGAGGCAGCGCUGACACAGAAAAUGAUUGAUCUGGAGAAUGAGAAGGAGCUGUUCAGUAAACAGAAAGGUUUCCUGGAAGAGGAACUAGACUACAGAAAGCAAGCUCUUGAUCAGGCCCAACUGAGGGUGCAGGAGCUGGAGGCCACAUUAUACGCUGCCCUGCAGCAGGAUCCAGACAGCUGUGUGGGGGAGAGUUUGAGUGACAGGCAGCGAGCGAAGCUGGCCGAGUCAAUGGAUGCAGUGCGGAGACAGAUCCUGCGGCAGAGUCGCCAUGCCGACACGCUCGUUCUACAACAGCGCAUGGAGCUCCUCCAGUCUGCGCAGCAGAGGAUCAGGGAACUUGAAGAUAAGAUUGACUUGCAGAGAAGACAAAUCAAAGAGAUUGAAGAGAAGUUUUUGUUCCUUUUCUUGUUUUUCUCACUAGCUUUUAUUCUCUGGCCUUAAAACCCACACACAUCAUAUUCUCUCUCUAUAUCUCCUUCUGUCUCUCCCUGUCUUGCUCAAACAC